AUGGAACUGAUUUCAGGAGGUGAAGCGGUGGCUGUUGCAGACGCAUGGUAUCACUCAGACUUCCUUUUCAAAAACUAUAUCCUCAAUGGAUUGGAAAAUACUUCGUACAAUAUAUACCGUCCAAUCAAAACUGCCAAGGCCCUGUGGGAGUCACUUGACAAGAAAUACAAGACUGAAGAUGCUAGCAUGAAGAAAUUCGUGGUUGGUCGAUUUCAUAAUUUCAAGAUGAUGGACUUCAAGACGAUCAUCAACCAAGUCCAAGAACUUCAAGUUAUUGUGCAUGAGAUUGAGAUAGAAAACAUGAAUUAUCUCAAGCAUAAGCCCAAAGAGAUGGGACUUGAAGAUCUUAUCGCGAGGCUAAGGAUUGAGGAAGACAAUCUUGGUUCUGAAAAGAAAAUCGGUGGUACCUCCAUGAUGGCUAAAGCACAUGUAGUGGAGGAUGGGCCAAAGAAAAGAAAAAGAGGAAGCACUCAAGGGAAGGCUCUCGCCAAGGGAACUCAAAGAAGAACAAAGGGUUCAAGGGAAAAUGCUUUAACUGCAACAAGCAUGGUCAUAGAGCUGCGAACUGUCAAAGCAAGGGAAAACCACAGAAGUUCACAUGAACGACGAGGAGAAAUUGUCGAAUGA